GUCCUAUUGCAAUCAUGGCGGUACAUGCACUGAAGUUGUUGUUGCUUUUCGCUCUAGUUAACCUUUCUUUGGAGCUUGAUAAUGGGUUGGCGAGAUCUCCUCCAAUGGGAUGGAGCAGCUGGAACCACUUUCACAGAAGCAUCAAUGAAACGCUCUUUUAUGAGACUGUGGACGCAAUGAUAAGCUCUGGAUUGGCAGAAGUGGGCUAUCAGUACAUCAACUUUGAUGGUGGUUGGUGGGAAGGACAUGACACUGGACAUGCUGUUAGGAACUCUUCUGGAUUCUUGCAGUAUGACAAGAUGCGUUUUCCAAAAGGAAUGAAAGCUUUAGCUGAUUACAUUCAUUCCAAGGGGCUAAGAUUUGGGCAUUACACAGAUGCAGGAAAGCACUUUUGUAAUAGAGAUGCUCCUGCUAGUGAGGGAUAUGAGAAGCAAGAUGUUGCUCAGUUUGCUUCAUGGGAGAUUGAUAUGCUUAAACUGGAUGCAUGUGGAACUACUGAGGAUCCUAAAGUGAUUGUAGGAAGAUGGCAUGAGUUGCUUAACUCAACUGGACGUUUUAUUCUUUUUUCAAACUGCCAUAACGGAUGCAUGUUGGAGAAAGGUCGUUCACAAUGGGAAAGUUGGUGUGGAAAUUUGACCAACAUGUGGCGUACUUCUACUGAUAUUGGAGAUUCGUGGCUUCGUGUUAUGCACAACUUGGAUACUCUUGUAGGAGCUGGAAUGCAAGCAAAACCUGGUCAAUGGAAUGAUCCUGAUUUUCUUGAGGUUGGUAACGGUAUGUUGACAGAGGGUGAGAUGAGAGCUCAUUUUAGUCUUUGGUGUGUGACGUCUUCUCCUCUCAUUGCUGGCAAUGACAUCAGAAACAUGAGCAAGGAAGUGUUGGAGGUUUUGACGAACAGGGACGCAAUUGCCAUAAACCAAGCAUACACCACUAAUGCUGGUGAUCGGAUCUUUCAAAGUGGAAAUUCUGAGAUCUGGGCUAAGCCUUUGCCCGAGCUGUCGGCUAUUGCUGGUGCAAAAGCAUUUGGUGUCGUGCUGUUGAACCGAGAUGAUGAAAAGACAGCAGAAAUCACAGUGAAUUUUACCGCAUUAAACAUGACAUCUGCAACUCACUGCACCGUCAAAGAUCUGUGGUCAAAGAAGCAAAUGGACGCAAAGGGAUCAAUCACUAUGUCUGUUCCUUCUCAUGAUGUCACCUUUUUGAGACUUUCGCUUUGUGUAAAGACAGGAGACAAUGAGUGAAUGAGGAAUUUGCAGAUUCAAUUGACUUGAAGUUUCAGUUGGUGUUUUUGGACUUGUCAUGCAUGACUGUCUUGUUGGCUUUGGAUUAUGCAUUUUUGUACUGUUUUGUUUUGACUUAUUUUGAUAUAUGUUGUUUUAAUAGAUGUCUUGGUUUUUUCAAACUUUUGAAAGCAGUAAACACUAAUCAACAUGUAGACAAACAGACUUAUGGACAACAGGCUUAUUUCAUGGGCAGAAGGCUUUGGUA